GGAGAUAUGCCUCAGAAGGAAAGAGAUGCAAUUAUGGCCGAGUUUCGUGAUGGUGCAACCCGUGUUCUUAUCACUACAGAUGUUUGGGCUAGAGGGCUUGAUGUUCAGCAGGUGUCUUUGGUGAUCAAUUACGACCUGCCAAACAAUCGAGAGCUUUACAUCCAUAGGAUUGGACGUUCUGGUCGUUUUGGUCGAAAGGGUGUUAAUAUUAAUUUUGUGAAAAGUGAUGACAUCAAGAUUCUUAGAGACAUAGAGCAGUACUACAGUACCCAGAUUGAUGAAAUGCCAACGAAUGUUGCGGAUCUGAUAUAAGAAUGCUUGGAUCGAAGGGUAUGGUUGAACAUGAUUCAUAGUAUUGUGUAAUUGAUUUGUCUAUUUAGUUGCGUUUUUCUGUGUGAUUGGCUUUGUAUGCUUGCUUGAUGCAAACAGGAGGUUUUGGAAACAAGAAAAGAACUUAUCAGAUUAA